CUCUUUGCUUCAAACCGAACAAAUCCGCCCUGCAGUUAAACUAAUAGGGUACUUAACAUUUUUUUUUGCAAUGAUGUUGCCAAUUAGAACGGUCGUGUUUUGCAUGUUAUUUGCUACUGUUAUGAGCCUUCGCCAGCCUUCAAUGAAAUAUCUACCGCCUGGUAACGUUGAAGAAUAUAAAAGUUCUAAUGCCCCAGUUCCAUCGCCUCAGUAUUUGGCACCUCAGAGCGGAAAAAAUUUGCACUAUAAGACAGUCAGCAGUGCGGCAAGUUCGGCCGGAUUUGAACGCCGUUUUAGUAAUGGACUUAAACAAAAUUUGGCUGCGGCGCAAAUACCUAUAAUCAGACAAGAUUAUACAACCGAUACCAGUGGAAAUUAUAAUUUUGGAUUCGAAACUGCGAAUGGGAUUCAGCGCGAUGAAUCGGGUGAUAUCUACGACAGGCCACACAGCUCACUGAACGUGCAGGGAUCUUAUUCUUAUACAGGUGACGAUGGCCGUACAUACAGCGUUAAUUAUAGGGCCGAUGAGAAUGGAUUCCAUGCUGAGGGUGAUCAUUUACCAACAUCUCCGCCUGUACAUAAUCAAAGUGGUGGGAGAAGUUAUCGGAUACACGGUGGUUCGACAACCGGUAGCCGAGGCUUCCAAAGUAAUAUGAACUCGUAUUCGCCGUCAAAUCGGUAUCUACCGCCUCAACGCCAGUACUCAAAGCGGCAUUAGGCAUGUAUGCAGUUAUUUAAGCAUUAUAUUGAAAAAAAAUCAUUUUUAAGGUAAUUACAACCAUUUAUAGAUUAAAGUGGUAUGGAUAUUCAAUAAAUGACUAACAAAACAAUAAAAAAACUAUAAAAUUUUUGGGCAUCAAUUCUAAAAUACUUUUAUGUAUUUGUG